AUGCAAGACCUAGGAGAACAGAUUGAUGAGACUCAGUUUACAGUUGAAGAUGUUGCCCUUUCAAGUAUGCCAGCUCAUCCACUCAAUUUGAAGCCUCAGUUCAUGAAGGUUUCACCAUGGCCUACUCCCACUUCACAAAGACUACCUGGUGGCUGGAAUGAAGACACUCUUACAAAGGACUAUGAGGAAUUCGCACAGCAACUUAUCAAGUUUGCAAUCAGUGACUUCCAUAGUCAGCUUGUGUCUAACUAUGCUUAUCCAGAUCAUGUCACUCAAGUUUCAUGGGUGAAAGAGGCUUGGAAGGAGGGAUGCAAACAUUAUAAGAUUGAGAUGGGUUUCAAUAAUGAGAUUAUAAAAAUGAUCAUGUUGUGCACUUCCCAUCUGACUGGCAAGGUGAAAGCAAAAUUGCAACCACUAGUCAAGAGUGUUUAUGGUUUUGAGUCAAGCACCAGGGAGUUGGUGGGGUCCAGGAAUCACCACCUUGUUCAAAAGCUCAAGCACAAGUUCAGUUUAUGUUACCAUGACCUCAGAGAUGAGAAAACGAAUGUUCCUCAUAGUGGUGUGUUUCGGACAAAGUUGACUCAGAAGGCUGUGAAUGUGGUCUGGUACCACAACACAAAGGACAAGGGCAUCAUAUUCAGACAUUAUUUUACUCCUUUUCCCAUUCCUGCCAUGGCUCUGUUAUACACAGUGGCUGAGUGUUGCAUUGACAAGUGGGCCAAUGGAGAGUGCAUUGAUAUUACAUUUUCAGAGGACAAGUACAAGGAAACAUAUGACAAGCACAUUACAAAUCUCAAGAAGUUUGCCACACUUACCAAGGAGCAUGGCAUCCUUGACACAAUCCAGAAGGACAUCAAUAACAGUGGCCAGUUGCAUGCCAAAGCAGAGCCACUCAAAGUUGGAGAUGGUGAGUGCCUGUCUGAUGAUGAGAUUAGGAAUGCAAUCCAGGAAUUUCAGGAGGGUAGUACUGGUGGUGGGAAUGUGAGUGAGGAUGAGGAUGAGAGUGAUGUCCAGUCCAAAGAGGAGUUGAUGCACUAUAAUGAAUAA